UUGAGGUUGUUGGUAACAUCGCUAAACUUCACAAGUUCUCACCUCAAAUCAACACCUACGACAAACGGGAUUUCAUUCUUUUUGAGCUGCUGUUAUUAGACCUUAUCUCGAUUUAACUUUACCAAUAAAUUAUUGAUUUCUUUAUGCUCUUAUUCAUUUGUUCUCCUCUGUAUUUUAUUUUCCAUUCGAUAUCCUGUCAUAGUCAACUCGAGCCCCUGGAUAAACUCUUGUUGUUUCAAAUGGUUGCUGAUGGCAACUGGCAAUUAAGGCGUUAUUUAAUGUUUUUUUAGUUUGAAGUUCACCUGAAUUGUGUUAACGGUGAUAAUAAAAUUCAUUGUUUUUAUGUGUUUUUGUUGGAAACUUCGAAGUUUGGGCUUUUAGAAUCAAAACUGGCGUGGGGCAGGAGAAGGAGAAGGAGGCCGUCAGGUGAUUCUCCAGGGUCGAUCGAUUAAUAAAAAAAGGCCUGGCGUGAUGGUGAUAAAUAAAUUAACAGGAAAAAAACAGCUGUAAAAGUUUGAUCGUUAAAGCUUUUUCCCCUUUUCACCUCCUUCUUCUUCUUCUUCCUCCAAGAGCCUAGGUUUCUUUUAUCUCUUGCGCGUACCAUCGAAGUUGUUUUUUUUGUAAUUAGUUCCGAGUUCUUCCCCAUAACGGACUGGGAAAUGGCCAGCAAUGUUCAGUAAGGUGUACAACGUGUCCGUUUUCUUCGAUUUACUAUCCGUAAACUGCCCAGGGGUAUGGCUUUGUCCCAAAGGUACGGUCUUCAUAAAGGUGACCAUGUUCGGCGUGUCCGACGUGACGAAGGAGGUCGGGCCGACGUUCCCUCUCGUCUUCAACGAACGUUUCACUUUUCACAAGGCGUUCAAGCAGCUCGCCUCGCUCGGCAAUUUACACAGGGAGCUGGAGACUUCCAGGAUAUCCAUGGAACUACUCCAGUUCCCGGCGGCGAAAAACGACCCUAUCCGGCUCGCCAUCUUCUCCUCGACUCUGGCCGACAUCCUCUACACUCCUCUGACGGGAUACAAGUCGAAGGAGACCUCUGCAGACUUAGACUUGCUAUUCUGUCCUUGUUCCAUCUUCCCGGGGAUAAUAGCACCUAAGGCGGAAGUCUCGACCAAACUGGCCAUCGUGGAGACGACUGAAAAAGUAUCAGCCGAUGGUAAACACUCCAUGAUACCUGCGACCGUCUCAUCCAGGAGCUGCACGAUGAGAAAAAAGACGGACGCGAAGAUAAUCAGGCAGCACCCGGUCUGCCACACGAAAAACAACGUAUACUGCAAGUGUUUGAACGGACCUCGUGUGUCUUCAUCAAUGAAACUCUUCUCAGGAGGAGACUCGAAAAAGUCCGAGAAGAGCAGGCGGCUCAUCAAAUCCGGCGGAUCUUCUCCCAUGUCGAAGAAGAGGUGCGACGACUGUUCUUCUUGCUCGUCAAUAUUCCCAUUUGAGAGCAGGUCCUUAGAGAAGUCGCCGUCCCAGAAGGGCAGCGUACGUGAGUACAUAGUCGCCCACCACUACGCCACUCGUACCAACAAAGUUCCCGUCGUAUCCGGGCCGGAGUUGGACAGCAUAUGCGACUGCCAGCUUUGCAAGAGGUACGAGCUUUAUUUCAGGGAGCGGACGGACGACGGGAGGCGCAGCUGUUGCAAAUGCGCCUGCAACCAGCCUUCCUCGGAGAGCGCCCUGUCAAAUCCCAAGAUGGCCAGGAGCAGGAGCGGUGAUCACGAGUGUCACAGCCCUGUCAGAUUCCGUCAUAAAAAGUCCAGAAAGUGUUGCUCCGUUUUCUGCCUUGACGGUGGUGAUCCGAGGCUCGAGCUGGAAGCGGCCCUCGACAGCUUCAACAGCAGGCUAGUGCAAAACAGGAAACUUAUUAACCGUUAUUAUUAAAAUGAAAUUAUAUUCUUCUAAAAAAUCCAGACAAUUUUUUCCGCCCCCUAUUUCUUUCCCACUUUUGAAAAUUGGAUCAAGAUAAUUUAUUAUUUGCAAAAAUUUAGUUUAUAUUCGACAAGAUCUGUAGCAAUUUUGUUGGAAAUAAUUUGAUCCCUUAUGCAGCUAAAUAGUUCCUCUUUAAUGAUGUUUGCUGAUCAAUUCUUUGCUCCACAUGUCAAGUAUGGCGAUUUUGAUACAAGAAACAAGUUUGUUUUUUUUAAAUGAAAAAAGUACUCGGCCUUCCAGACUCAACCCAAACUACAUUAUAUAAGAUAACUAUAUGACAGUUUUGAAGAUCAUCAGAUGUAACAGUUUGAUAGAUUGUCAGGUCUCACGGUUUAAUAAAAACCUCAGAUCCGACAGUUUGCAAGAUCAUCAGAUCUGACAGUUUGAUAAUUGUCAGGUCCGAUGCUUUAAUAAUAUCGUCAA